AUGAGUUCCCAGAAUCCCUCAGCAAAAAAGAUUAGAGAUGUUUCCUCGUCAAGUCAGGAACCUAUUGUUCCACGUCUCAUUGGUGAGCUAGAGACAAUGAUAUUGGCUAGAUUUCCUAUGACAGAACACUGGAAGUUGGGCUGUCUAAACAAGCAAUUUCAGGCACAACUCAAGAGUGGUGAAAUCUAUGAAAUUAGGAGAGAGAUAGGGUUCAAAGAACCAUGUGUCUUUAUGUUAGAAAGUGAACAAGGAAAUUGGAGUGCACUUGAUCGCCAUUUCAAGUCCUGCAGGAAGCUCCCUCUUAUUCCAACUAUUAUUCCAUCGGUUUACAGUUUUAGCUGUGGAAACAAUGGGUCAUUUUCUGCAGGGACCCAUCUGUUUGUUCAAGGAUGGGAGGCUGGCGAAUAUUCUGUUUGGAGGUAUGACUUAGCAACAAAUAAAUGGUCCAAGGCUCCUCCCAUGAAUAGCCCAAGGUGCCUUUUUGCAUCAGCCUCCCAUGAUAUCUUUGCAUUUGUUGCAGGUGGACUUGAAACAAAAACUUAUAGUGAAGUUUUGAGCUCUGCUGAGAAAUACAAUGCAAAAAGCCAGUCUUGGAAGACCCUCCCAAGAAUGAUACGAGAGAGGAAGUUUUGCUCAGGUUGUUACAUGGAUAACAAGUUCUAUGUAAUUGGAGGACAAGAUGAGCAAAAAAAUAAUCUCACUUGUGGGGAAUUUUUUGAUGAAGAGACAAAUAGUUGGACCUUGGUUCCUAACAUGUUGAAAGAUAUUAUUCCACUUUCAACUUCGAGAUCCCCACCUCCUUUUGCUGUUGUCAAUAAUAAGCUUUACACACUUGAUGCUUCCUCAAACGAGGUAAAGCUAUAUAUGAAGGGAACAAAUUCAUGGAAGAAGUUAGGACCAGUCCCAAUAAAAGCUAACACUCAAGAAGGUCCCUGGAGUGGAGAUUUAGGCACGGCAUUCAAAUCCUUGGGCAAUGAGCUACUUCUCAUUGGUGCUAACUCUGCUUCCUAUUCACAUACCUUGAUGUCUGUAUACACUUGCUGCCCUGAUCCAGAUGUUGAGAACUUGCAGUGGAGGGAAAUUGUAUGUAGAAACACCGACCAUCACUCUUUUGACAUUUGUGCAGUGAUGUUCGCCUGA